AUGUCGCUGUUCGCCCCUAAAACUGCUGCUCCGUCCACUGGCGGACUCUCCAUUAACACCGGUCAGGCAAAUUCUCUAUUUGGGAAUGCCAAUACAGCAGCCCCGUCAAACCCAACUCCCGCUGCCCCAGCUACUGGAGGCCUCUUUGGAUCAACUCCUUCUGCCCCAACAACUGGAGGUCUCUUUGGAUCAACUUCUGCUGCCCCAGCUACUGGGGGUCUCUUUGGAUCAACUUCUGCUGCCCCAGCUACUGGAGGCCUCUUUGGAUCAACUUCUGCUGCCCCAGCUACUGGAGGCCUCUUUGGAUCAACUCCUGCUGCCCCAGCUACUGGAGGCCUCUUUGGGUCCGCUCCCACUCCCUCGACAACACAACCCAAACCUACAGGUAGUCUGUUUGGAACAGCUCCUACAACGUCACAAGCGCCAACCACCGGAUCAAGCAUGCUUGGCGGUUUAGGUGGCCAGACUACCACGGCUGGUGGCGGUCUGUUUGGUAACACAACAACACAAGCUCAGACAAAACCAGCCCUGGGUGCCCUCUCAGGAUUUGGUUCUACACAAAAUCAGCAACAGCAACAGCCACAGAAACCCAGCCUUAACCUCUUCGGCAAUCAAAACACCGGACUAUCCACACUCCAGCCUCUGCAACAGCCUGCAGCUACAGGAACUGUGGUUCCAGGAGUGAAGAUUGAUCUUAGUAACCUGCUCCCUACAACUAAAUUUGAGAGCUGCGCGGACGAAAUCCGCAAUCAGAUUGAAAUAAUCGAUAAUCACAUUCUCAACCAAAUGAAGGUGUGCCACGAAGUCUCGGAUAUGCUUCCCACCAUUGAGCAGGAAAGUUCUACGAUUCCCAACGAUGUGGAUUUCGUGCAAGGAAAGCUGGAGACCCUCCAACAUGCCUUGGAAAAUGACGCCAGCGACAUUGAUCAUCUGCGUGGCCUCGUGGCUCGAGAUGCGGCCGAGGCGCAAGUCGCGUUCCGUGCCAUCGACACAUUGAAGCUCCCUCUGCAAUAUCAGUCUGCAGGUGGUGGUUGGUGGUCAGUGCAGGAUCCAAAGGUUUCUGAUCGCCGAUCACUGCGCUCUACUCGAAAGAACACAUUGGCUCUGCCUGAUGACGUUGACGGUGACCCUUCAACCGCAACUGCUGUCAAUGGGGUGCCAGUCAAUUUGGUUGACUACUUUUCACAACGGUCGGACGAGAUGGGCACUGUUCUGACACGGUAUAAGGGCAACUUGAAGGAAAUUGAAGAUCACCUCCACGGGGUUGAACUCACACUAGAAAGACAAAUUAGCGAGUUUAUCAGCUCCAAAUCGCGCGAUGGUAUGAGUUCUGCGGCGCCUAGCUCUGUCCUCAACGAUCUCACUGCGGUGCUGGCAGAUGUUGAGGCUGGUAUCAUUGGAGUGGCUAGCCGACUGGGCGGUGUAUCUGAACAAGUACAGGAAUUGAGCCUAGGGCCCCUGUCGAGAGGAGAUCGACUGGGAUUGUGA